GACUCUGUUAUCAGUGUAGCCUUUCUCCUUAUCUCACAGUUUACGAGUUAACUUCAAAAUUUAUCAAUAAUCUAGAAGUCUGCUGUGAGUGUGUGUUUAUACAUUAUAAAACUCAAAACUAUGAGUUUGUUUUGGACGUGUAAACGUGUUAUAAACUGUCUUAAUGUUUUGCUGUAUACAUUAAAGGGAUUUUACUAAAAGUUAUUAACUUCUUGAUACAAUAUUGGGAUGGAUGGUUUUGAAUAUCGCUAUUCAUCCUUGAAUGUAAUAUUACACGGAGCAUGAACUAUUUUAAGUACCUUGUGAUGUUAUGACAUUAGACAUAACAAUUUCACAAAACACAUAAAAUCGCAAUUUCUAACCGGAUUAUAUAUCGAUGAAUGAAAUUUAGUUAACUUUUGUUCAGCUGUUGUAAGACGAAGCUGCCAUCUAUCUGCAAGAUAUCGAGUUAAAAGGCGAGAUGCAGACCGGGACUGUGAAUUUCGUGCUUGGGCUGUCCGUGGGUCUGGUUUUUGCCUACAUGGGCAUCACAUACUUAGCAGGACCAGGGACCCUUGGGUUAUCAGCAAGCGUGAAGCACAUGACCAUCAGCGAGGACGGACCCAGGGUCGAGGUCCAAAGAGACUCGUUUCUUACUCACGAGGAUCUUGAUAAGAUACAGAAAAUCAUCCGUCCUGUACAGUUUCAGGACGCGCAUUCGCAUCAUGACGACGACACAGAUGCAAAAAGACUGAACGAUCAAGUACGGGUUUUAUGCUGGGUAAUGACUAGUCCCCAGAAUCUGCAGAAAAAGGCCGUACAUGUGCGUGCCACGUGGGCCCAUAGAUGUAACAAGCUUAUAUUUAUUAGUUCAGUGACUAAUGACAGUUUUCCUACGGUCGGAAUUGAUGUUCCCGAGGGUCGCGAACAUUUGACUGGUAAAACUAUGAAAGCAUUCCAAUAUGUGUUCGACCACCAUUUCGAUGACGCUGAUUGGUUUAUGAAAGCCGAUGACGACACAUACACUAUUUUAGAAAACUUACGUUAUUUCCUCUUGGACCAGAAUAAAGACUCGCCAAUUUAUUUCGGUCACCAUUUUAAGACUCUAGUGAAACAAGGAUACUUUAGCGGAGGCGCGGGGUACGUAUUGAGCAAGGAGGCGUUAAGGAGAUUUGGCGCUCACGGAACGAACGCAUCCAUGUGCCGCCAAGAUGGCGGAGCUGAGGACGCGGAGUUUGGCAAGUGUAUGCAGAACUUGGGGGUUAAAGUCGGCAAUUCCACUGACCGGUUCGGUCGGAGUCGAUUCCAUUGUUUUGACCCGGCUACUCAUCUGAUGGGCGGCUACCCAGAUUGGUAUUACAAAUAUGACGCGCACGGAGGCCAAAGUGGCCGAGAGAGCAUCUCCGACUAUGCAAUAAGCUUCCACUACGUCCCCCCACCCAGGAUGUACGAACUGGAAUAUUUUAUUUACCAUUUAAGGCCGUACGGUAUUCAUUCCGGAAAUCAAGAAUUAAACCAUAAAGUGACGUAACACCGGAAAUCACGUAGCAACUAGUGAAAAAUUACAGUUUAGGUUAACAAAAUUCAAUAUUACGUGUGUUUUAGAAUAGUCAACUAUUUAUGAAUGGGACAGUAUGCUUUGGGGUUUGGUAAUAUAUAGCAAACACGUGGCAUUUGUGAUGUGAAUCAUGUGGCUUCUGUGAUAUAACAAUCAAACACAUGGUUUUGUGAACCUAGAAAAGGUGACUGUAAUCGACACUUGUGUAGACUUCCUGCAAUCAAAAGGGAAACAGAAAGAUUACUUGGAUUUUCCGGAUUAUAAAAACGUUAUUUCUCCGUCAUUUUCACCAUUUAUUCAAAGUUAUUGGUUGCCAUAUCUAGCUUGUAAGGCAUUGUGUUCAAAAUCUACCUUCAAUUAUAUCUCGCGGAAAGGAAAGCAGUUGCCCGGGAGGAGAUUCUAUAAGAAGGUCUCAGAAGUCGUUUGUCUAAAAUAUCCAGAUGUAGAAAUCCGUGAAAAGAAAACUGAUCUCAUGAACCCAAAAAACCCUUAUCUACGAAUAAACCCAUUGUAGGUUAUUUGAUGAAAAUGAAACAGUCCUAUAGAUUUGAUAGCAAUACAGGUAUGCUACAUAUCUCUUGUUUGGUGAAAGAGAUAAAGUAAAAUCCGUGUUUAGGUCCAAACUAGACACUUUAUGCAGUGCAAUGGCGUAGCUACUUGUAUGACUUUUUUGAAAAAUGACAAAAAAUAGAUAACCCAAAAAUGCACUUAAAACUGAUAGCUACUCAAACACUUUGAACAACUUGUUUUAAUGUUUUAUUUUAACCAAAGCAAGUUUGGUGUUUAUUUAAACUACGUGGAGGGUGUAUGGCUAUAUUUUAUUGUAAUCAUUGGAAGUAUAACUAAGUGUGUGUAAUGUGCAUAUAAAAGUCCCCAAACUCACAUAGAAUCAUCGGGCCUACAGGUUUUUAGGCCCUAGCUACGCCCCUGCAGUGUAAUCUAUACUUGAGACAUUGAAAUAGCCAUGCCUGUGAUUUGUUUUUCAUUUUUGAAAUCUCAUUUUAUCAUGCAUUUCAAUUCUGUUUGUAGGGGAUAUUUCGUCACUUAUGAAACAACCUGAAACUUACCCGUUCUUCUCCGUUUUUUAAUGUGUCUUAAAAUUUCAUAGGAAAUAACACCAGUUGGAAAAUAUGACAUGUAUUGUUAUGACAUAAUAUGCCUCCAGAGUCAAUAAGAUAUAUUUAUUAAGAUACAUAAGAAAAGACUCAUUAUUUUUGUUGUUUAAUUUCAUUUUGAAAUAAAUUAAUUGAAACUUA